AUGUCUCAGCCUAUAAGUCUUUCCAAUUUGGAGCGCAAUCAGCGUGCCGUGUCAAGGCAAUUAGAUAAACUAAUUCUAAGAUCCUCCGAUGGUGUCAAGCGUACGGCUGAAGAAUGGGUGUCAGUCUAUGACACUUUGAUAGAGCUGAAGAAUACCUUCACGGAAAAUCAAGGACGCAUUUUUGAGGCUGUCGAAGGAAAUGAGGAACUCAUGCAAAAGGCAGAAUCUGAGUAUGAUGCUUUCACGGACAAGACUUUUUCGCUGAUCAUGGCUGUACGUGAUUCAAUAAACAUGGCUAGGAAAGAAGAGCGCGAUACAGGUUCCAGUCGUGAAGUCAAGAAUGCGGAAGAACAACUAGCCGAAAUGAUGUCGAAGCAAACAGACUUGCUGAAGGAUAUUGUGGAGCUUCAGAGGGCUUCAAACACUGGCGCAAAAACUAGUGUAACAAAGCUUCCACAAUUGCAGCUUCCAACUUUCGGAGGAGAAUAUUCCAAAUGGCAGACUUUCCAUGACGAUUUCAAGAGUACAAUCCAUGAGAAUCCAAAUUUGUCUAAGGGUCAAAAGAUGCAGUAUCUCAAAUCGUCACUCAAAGGCGCAGCUGCUGAAACAGCUGAGGAAUACAAGAUUUCAGAUGACAAUUAUGAGAUUCUGUGGGAGUCUCUGCAAAAACAAUAUGGGAAAAAGGUGCACAUUGUUAAUGAGUGCAUUCAAAAAUUCCUUGCUCAAGCCAAAAUGAAGGAUGGUUCUUUGACUGGGCUCAAGGAAUUGACACACACCAGCAAGAGACUCCUCAAGGAAUUAAGUAACUUGGGUUCCGAAUAUUUGACGAUUGAUUCGUGGAUCAUCUAUCUGAUGAAACAGCUGUUGGAUCAAGAGACUAAGAAAGCAUGGGAAGAGAGUCGAGACUCUCACACACUUGCAAAUCUUGAGGAAUGGUUUGAGUUUCUUGAGACACGCAUUGAUGCUAUGGAGCGCUGGUCAGAUAAAUCCUCAUCAACCAAUUCGUCGAACCCUAAACCCAUCAAAAAGGCUACAUCAUCCCAAGGCAGUGUGAAGUCACAUCACACUGAGACAGUGACCUGCCGAAAGUGUUCAGGAAGUCAUGAACUAUUUCAGUGCAAGGAGUUCCACGGGCUGUCUGCUCCAGACCGAAGGAGUUUCGUUUCUCAGCAAUCCAGGGUUUGUUUCAAUUGUUUGAGAUCGGAUCAUAUAGCGAGGUAUUGUCAGUCCAAAUCAAGGUGUACUUCCUGCAACAGUAGGCAUCACUCAUUGCUUCAUGUGGAGCAAGCUUCAGCUCCAGCUCUGGCUGGUGCUUCAGCUCCUGCUCCCACUCCAGAGGUUCCAAGGCAAGCGACAAUUGAAUCUGAGGUUCCAGCAUUGACCACACAUCACUCAAUUGUCCACAAAAAGGCGUUGCUUCCUACUGCUCUUGUCAAGGUUAUAGACAGUCAGGGAUCGCAACAAAUCUGUCGCAUACUCAUCGAUGGUGGAGGUGAAUGUACACUCAUUUCAGAGGCGUGUGUACAGAGACUGGGUAUAGAGCGUCGACAAGCCAAAAUUGCGAUAAAAGGGGCUGCAGAAGCCACAGUGGGAUACACUAGAGGAUUGGUGUCUAUCCAGCUCACGUCGAUCCACGAUCCGACUGAGCAUCUUGCUGUCGAGGCCUACAUCUUGUCACAUCUCACAUCACAAAUGCCAUCAGCUGAAAUUGUCCAGGCUGAGUGCUGGAAGCAAUUCCAGACACUUCAACUUGCAGAUCCGCAGUAUCAUACUCCUGGUAGUAUUGAUAUCAUUUUGGGAGCGGAGUACGCAAUGGCAAUUAACCUUCCACAAAUCCUGAAGAGCGAAAAUGGAUCUCCCGUCGCACAGCUGACAAUAUUUGGGUGGAUUCUUGGUGGCAAGAUCCACGGGGAGAUGCCAAGCAUAACCUCACAUCACACUCAUGUCAAUUUGGAUGAUCUCCUGAAGAGAUUUUGGGAGACGGAAGAAGCAACUCCAAAUGCCAAAAUACGUUCACCGGAAGAGCAGAAAUGCGAGGAGCAUUUCAUCCAGAACGUGAGGAAAACGGAUUCUGGUCGAUAUGAGGUCAGAUUGCCCUUCAAGGAAAAUGGAAAGGCUCUUGGGGAUUCACAAUCAGCUGCACUGGCGAGGCUAAGGAUCAUGGAAAAUAAAUUCCAAAAGGACCCGGAAUUUAAAAGGCAAUAUACUCAGUUCAUGCAUGAAUAUGAGUCAAUGAGGCACAUGGAGCUAGUUCCUCAGGACGAGGAAAUCAGCGAUUCACAAUCCUACGUCAUUCCUCACAUGGCAGUUCUGAGGCCAUCAAGUACUACCACGAAACUUCGUGUAGUAUUUGAUGCUUCAGCACGAACAAAACCUAACAAUGUUUCGCUGAAUGACGUUCUGGCUGUGGGUCCAACUGUACAAGGUGAACUGCUGCAUCUUCUUAUUCAGUUCCGGACAUACAAAUAUGCAUUUACAGCCGAUAUAGAAAAGAUGUAUCGGCAAGUGGGAGUGUCAGCCGAGGACAGGGAUUUUCAGAGGAUCUUAUGGCGAUAUGACAAGGGUCAGGAAGUUCGCACCUACAGGCUCACAACCGUGACAUAUGGCACUUCCUGCGCGCCAUACUUGGCUACACGAACUCUUCAACAAGUGGCUUAUGACAAUGAGAAGCUCUAUCCAGAGGCAGCGCAGCAGAUUCUCAACAAUUUCUAUAUGGAUGAUCUCUUGGGAGGUGCCCAGACGGUACAAGAAGCAACAAAGGUCAGGGAAGAUCUACAAUCAGUUCUGGACAGCAGCGGAUUUCCCUUGAGAAAGUGGGUGACAAAUUUGGUCUCACUUCUUGAGAAAAUCCCAGAGGAUCAGCGAGCAAUAUCCCCAGAGGACAUAUAUGAGGGUUCUGUCAGUGCAUUGGGUCUUCAAUGGGCUCCCGGAGAUGACAAUCUUGGUUUGGUACUGCCUGAAAUAACAUCAUCUCGCACAAAAAGGGAACUUUGUGCUUCUGUGGCUAAGAUAUUUGACCCCUUGGGAUUUAUAUCUCCAGUCACAGCAGGACUCAAGAUGAUAUUUCAACAGUUGUGGCUCAAACCUGUGUCUUGGGAUGACACACUUCCUGAUGACAUCAUGACAGAAGUCAAUCGUUUCCAAGAAGAAAUCAGUGUCGUGCAAGGGAUGAAAAUUCCAAGGUUUAUUCCCUCUAUUGAUUCUCAGAUUGACUUAGUGGGGUUCUGUGAUGCAUCCGAGAAAGGAUAUGGAGCCGUGAUUUACGCGAGAGGGACAGGAGAUGAUGGGGGGACGACAGUGACUCUCGUGGUGGCCAAAUCACGAGUCGCUCCGUUGAAGACAUUGUCAAUUCCAAGGCUGGAAUUGACUGCGGCUUUGCUGUUGAGUCGUUUGUUCACAGAGGUCAAAAAGGGGCUCACGGGAUACCAGGUUUCCGUGACAGCAUUUACAGACUCAAUGGUGGUUCUUUGCUGGCUGCAAAAGCAUCCGUCUCACUGGAAAACAUUUGUGGCUAACCGCACUUCUCAAAUUGUGGAAAUCAUCCCAUUCAGUCAGUGGAGGCAUGUUGUCUCUGAGGAGAAUCCAGCGGAUAGCAUUUCUCGAGGUCUCUAUCCUCGAGCUCUCCUUCAGCAUCAGCUGUAUUGGAAUGGACCGGAGUGGCUCAAGGAGGAAAAGGAGAAGUGGCCUGAAUCUCCUUGGGUUCAGGAAAGCGACACAAGUGAAGAAAAGGUGCCUGUGGUGCAAGUGUUUGUGACUGAAACAAAGGAAAAUAAUUUCGCGAGUGAUUUAUUUAAUCGUUUCUCAAACGUCACAACACUCAUUCGUGUAGUCGCGUAUUUGCUCAGAUGGUCGAAAGUUGACGUUUCAAAAACCCUUCAACAGUCUGCGAGUGAAUUUCUAACAGUGCAAGAACUCAAUUACGCGACGAAUGUUUUGAUCAGACUUGUGCAGAAAGAGGAGUUCCCUGACGAACUAAAGUGUCUCCAAAGUGGCAAUUCAGUGAAGCCGGGGAGCAAACUGUCCAAGCUUGUCCCAAUCCUGGAUGAGAAUGGUAUCAUGAGAGUGAGAGGGCGCAUCCAAAACACAAACUUGAGUUUUGACACUCAGCAUCCGAUAAUUCUUCCAGGGAAACAUGUGUUUACUCGAAAGUUGAUUGAAAGAAUUCAUGUGACAAAUCUCCAUUCCGGGACUACUCUCACACAAUCAAUCUUGAGAGCAAAAUAUUGGGUUAUCGGGGAGCGAAACAGUGUGAAAGGGGUUAUUCAUAAGUGUGUGAAGUGUUUUCGCGCAAAACCAAGACAGGAGACACCUCUCAUGGGCAAUCUUCCGGCCAUGAGAGUCCAAGAGGCUAGGGCUUUUCUCAACACUGGCUGUGACUAUGCAGGGCCGUUUCUCAUCAGGGCUGGGACGGUCAGGAAAUCUACAACGACAAAGGCAUAUAUCUGUUUGUUCAUUUGUAUGGCCACCAAAGCCAUACAUUUGGAAUUGGUCUCGGAUUUGUCCACGGAAGCCUUUCUGGCGGCUUUAAGAAGGUUUACAGCGCGUCGUGGACACUGCCAGCAUAUGUUUUGUGACAAUGCCACGAACUUUUUGGGCGCUGUGGAGUCACCAGAUGGAGUAGGCAAAAGAAGGAAGUUACACCAGGAAAAGGUCACAAAGUUCAUGUCAGAGUCAGGGACGGAAUUCCACUUUAUUCCCGCCUACUCGCCAACAUUCGGUGGACUUUGGGAACGUGGAAUUGGAGGAGUCAAAUUCCAUCUCAAGCGUGCACUCUCCAACACUGUGAUGACGUUCGAGGAAAUGUACACUGUUCUCACCCAAAUAGAGGCAUGCUUGAACUCCAGGCCACUUUGCCAGCUCACUGCAGAUCCAGAGAACUUUGAUGUGCUCACUCCAGGGCAUUUCCUCAUCGGACAACCUCUGACAUUGCACGCUGGACCCGAUCUAUUGUCAGAGGACAUCAAUCGGCUCAAGAGGUGGUACUUACUGCAGCGCUUAGUACAGGAGUUUUGGAAGAAAUGGCACCGUGAGUACAUCACCUCACUCCAGGAGCGACCGAAGUGGGCAAGAGAGAUGAGGAAUCUUCAGGUUGGAGAUUUGGUGCUCAUCAAGUCCGACAACUUGAAGACAGCGACUUGGUCACUGGGCAGAGUGAUCGAAACUCAUCCGGGAGCAGAUUCCGUGGUUCGUGUGGUCACCCUGAAGACAUCUAGUGGCCUCACCAGGAGGGCAGUCAACAAAUUAGCCAAACUGCCCGUGGAUUAG